CAGUUUGCAAAAUCGCAAGAGCUGCCAAAAUUAAACUGUGAAGUCAGGCGGGAAGGCAACCAAUGGCCGACGAGAUCAGAAGUUCAGAGAUGCCCCAGAUGAGCUCCCAACAAGUGCGGCCGACGUACACCGGAGUUUAUUAAGGAUGUUGAGAGGAGGGGAAAUAUUGGCGCAGAAGAUGCCCAGCUGGUGAGGAGGGACGGGUGGUGAUACUCAGGUCACUUGAUGAAUCCCAUUGGCCAAGCCCCUGGGAGAUCCCACCCAUCCGCAAGUGUAAAAUAAAUCUCUAAAGUUGUAUCUGGCGUACCACUUGACCUUAUUGCGUUUGGCCGGCUGGCUUUGUAUCUAUUAAUUUAUUUUUUUGCCCGUGCCCUAAGAGGGGCUGGAAGGAAAUGAAUUUUGAAGCGGCGCCGUUCAGCACCUUGCAGUACUACCCCGAUCCCUGCAUCCCACGGUUCGUAGAAACUCCGAGCCACUUCUCCUGGAAGGAGAGUUACUACCGCUCAGCCAUGUCCCAGAGCUCGCAGCCCAGGGAGUUCCUCAGCCCAGAGGUGAUCCAGCAUAUCUGGGACUUCCUGGAACAGCCAAUAUGCUCGGUUCAGCCAAUUGAUUUGAACUUCAUUGAUGACCCAUCUGAAAAUGGCCCUACAAACAAGAUAGAGAUCAGCAUGGAUUGUGUCCGUCUGCAGGAUACGGAGCUGACUGACCCAAUGUGGCCGCAGUACACGAACCUGGGGCUCCUAAACAGCAUGGACCAGCAGAUUCAGAAUGGCUCUUCCUCUACCAGCCCCUACAACACGGAGCACGCGCAGAACAGCGUCACGGCCCCUUCGCCUUACGCCCAGCCCAGCUCCACUUUUGAUGCCCUCUCGCCCUCCCCAGCCAUCCCUUCCAACACAGACUACCCAGGACCUCACAGCUUCGACGUAUCAUUUCAACAGUCCAGCACAGCAAAGUCUGCAACGUGGACGUAUUCCACUGAACUGAAGAAGCUGUACUGCCAGAUUGCCAAGACAUGCCCCAUUCAGAUCAAAGUGAUGACCCCACCACCCCAGGGAGCUGUCAUCCGGGCUAUGCCAGUCUACAAGAAAGCAGAGCACGUCACCGAAGUGGUCAAACGCUGCCCGAACCACGAGCUGAGCCGGGAGUUCAACGAGGGGCAGAUCGCACCUCCUAGCCACCUGAUCAGAGUGGAAGGAAACAGCCAUGCCCAGUAUGUGGAAGACCCCAUCACUGGGAGACAGAGUGUGCUGGUCCCAUAUGAGCCACCUCAGGUUGGUACUGAGUUCACAACAGUCUUGUACAACUUCAUGUGUAACAGUAGCUGUGUAGGAGGGAUGAACCGUCGCCCAAUUCUCAUCAUUGUCACACUGGAAACCAGAGAUGGGCAAGUCUUGGGCCGCCGAUGUUUUGAAGCUCGCAUUUGCGCUUGCCCAGGCAGAGAUCGCAAAGCAGAUGAGGACAGCAUCCGCAAGCAGCAAGUUUCUGACAGCACAAAGAAUGGUGAUGGUACGAAACGCCCUUUUCGACAAGGAACUCAUGGCAUACAGAUGACAUCUAUCAAAAAAAGACGUUCUCCAGAUGAUGAGCUCUUGUACUUGCCAGUGAGGGGACGAGAAACGUAUGAAAUGCUGCUGAAGAUCAAGGAGUCCCUGGAACUUAUGCAGUACCUUCCCCAGCACACAAUUGAAACUUACCGGCAGCAGCAGCAACAACAGCACCAGCACUUGCUCCAGAAGCAUCUCCUUUCGGCCUGCUUCAGGAGUGAACUCGUGGACUCAAGGAGAGACUCUCCCAAACAGACCGAUACCAUCCUAAAACAUUCCAGCCCCCCAAAGCCAUCAGUAUAUCCAUAAAUGGAACUGGCGGGCUGGAUUUGCCCAGCUCGUGGGACUAGGAGCACUGGGGCAAAUAUGCAGCCUGAUAGCAACAGAGUACAUAGUGAGAGUAAUCUCCUGAAGGGACUCAAACUUUGCCAAAACAACAGACGCUUCUACAGAUCUCUUAGCUGUAGCCGGUGGCGCUGGGAGCUCUGGAACCAUGAUGUUGUCUGUCUUGGUGUAACUUUUUCUUCUUGUUUUUGUAAUCUCUUUCCUGUUAACUUCUGUAUUUGUGAAACACAGUAGGGUUUCUCUGAGCAGGUCUCAAUUUUAAAAUGCCUUGUCUUGUAUAAAUUUAAGAAAGUAUUCAUGGGCUGGGUGGGGAUAGGAGGAGGGCGGGAUGUUUUGAAGUCUGUGCUAAUCUGUUAGGCCUGUUUUAAUGCCGUUUAUGCAGUAAUAGUGCAAUUAGCUGAAGUAUCUGUACUGCUGGACAGAAGGAAGUAGUAACUAUAUCAGCACUAAUUAAGUCAUUUUUCCCUUGUAGAAAUGCCCUCUAGUUUGGUGUUAUGAAUUGUUUCCCUCUAUUUCAUAAAAAGUCUGAUCUAAAAUAAAUAAAAAUUACAGGGAAGACUGGACGACGCUGUCAGACUUUGCACAGAAACUUCUGGGCUUAGUCCAGAUGUACUGAACUUAAAAACCUCCUUCCUUGCUCUCGUGAGCUCAGUCCAAGUGGACAAGUGAAGGUGAAGUUGGAGCCUUGCUGUGUAAUGACAUCCACGCGUACCCAGUGUCCCUGUUCCUUUGUUAUUGAGGAUGUAAAGGGCAAUCUGCUCAUUGCAUGACCUGUAGAAAGUCCAAAGAUGAGAGCUCACCCCUUUCCAUGCAGACUUUCAGCAGUUAUUAGAUAUUCCUUCAUUAAGCUUACUACAUUGUACCCUUCGCUACUGUCCGCAGCUCAAAGAAGAGUGCCAGCAUCUUAGAGAUAGCUCAGCCUGAUGGCCUUAAGCCAUGCCUACUUUGUCCAGUAAUCCUGCAAUCAGUAGCCAUUGCUUUUGCUCAGUGUGUCUGAGCUUUUGCUCUGUGGUCUGAAUUAGCAAUUCCUGCACAGAAGACCCUUUCUCCAUAAGGACUCGUAACCCUUUAUACUGCUGGCGUCAAAUCUACCUCUGGAAGGUGUUUGAAGGGGGCUUGACAAGGUUUGUGUUCUUUAGAAGUUUAAUGUCUCAGUGCCAAACCCAGAUCAGCACAAAGGAAGAAUGGUGAACAGGCAAGUAAAACAUGCCAUGGAAUUAAACUGGUAUUGCUGACUGUGGCUCUGGGAGCAGAUACUGGAGAUGAGAGGGGCUGUGGAGAUGCCUGCUGUGGCUUAUCUUCACAAAGAGCGGUCCCUGAUGCUGAUAGAAAAGUGUCCUUCUGCCCGUGUUCUCAGACAGUAGCAUCUCAUCUAGGGAACCCUGCGGUGUUCAUGGCUGUGGAAAGUAGAAAUGUGAAAAGCUUUCUGAGGGGCGCAGUAGGAGAGGAGCUUCCUGCACGCUUGGAUGCAUAUGCCAAGGAUCAGCUGUCCAUGGGAACUGUGAGCUGGGGGCUGGAUCAGUACUAAUGGGAACCUGUGUACCUGUAACUCUGCACUAGAUUUACUUGAGGCAGGUGCGUACCCACCACUGAUACACUUCUGGUUAGGCACAGCCUGAAGAAAAGAUGCCUUUCAAAUGUGGAACAGGGCUUCUGGCCACCCACAAAGAAAGAGAAGGCCUGAUGCAGUGGGAGAUCUCUUAUCUCUGAACAUCUCAUCAUCUGCUUCCAGGCAAUAGAGCUGUGAUCUAAGCAGGUGAUGACUUGCUCCAAAAUCUCUUUUGAGAGCUGUAUUCCAUCUCUGGAUAUCUCCUUUGUUGUCUUAAUGAGACGACUUCUACCAUAAGAGUGCGGGGGAGAGCUGAUGUAGAAGAGCCCCAAAAAAGUGAUUAACUAUAAAUAAUAACUAAACACCAGCAGUUUACUAUUCAUACAGUUGCACUUGUACCAUUGUUUUUUAUAUAAAAUCAGUCAAAUCAAGUACCUCUUCACUUUGGGGACUGCGGGAAAUACUUUGAGAUCACAGAAAAGAUAUUUUUCCCUCUGUGCCUUUUUAUUUGGGACAAGAAAGGCAACACUCAUUCUCAGCUCUCACAAAGGGAAACUAUCUGAACUGCAAAUGCAGCCCAAAUGUGGGCCUGGCAAUGUUGGUCUGUUCUUCCAAGACGGGUUCAUUACAUUGAUUCUGUCUGCUUAUGGAUGGCAAUGUGGAAAUGCUGGGAUGGAGUAAAUACUGGGAUAAGGGUACCUAAUGCAUAUCAAGAGCAUCCCAGCUGAUGCUCCAGAUGAUUGUUUAUUCUGGACUGUGGGAAAACUCUUGCACCACUUAGGCAAUACAAAUACAGCAUCUGGGGCUUGCACAAAGCAAGCGAGUGAAUUAGUUGGAUCCCUCUGUCCUCUGGAAAGGCUCUUACGUUUGUACACCUUGCUUAGAAGUGGAUGACUUGAAGGUGGUCUUAAUGGUGACUCUGUUUGCCCUCCAGCUAGAAGGUGAUUAUCUUAGGAAGCGCAGCUUUUUCCAUCAAAUAAUCUGGAGCUGGAAGUAGCUGAAAUUGCUUUUCUGUCUCUCCUCUGCAGCUAGACAAAAGAACAAAACCCUUUUCUCAGCCAGCUGUCUUUUAGAUUUUUCACCUUUUACUUCAGAAAAGUAAGCCUUUCAAGGAAUAACCAGUUAAUACUGGGCCUUGUCAGUCUUUGUCAACUAGUUAAUGUAUAUCCACUUACAGCUGUGUUCCCUGAAGAGCAUAUCACAUCCACUGCUUAUAUUGGGAAAUUCCCAAACCUGAUAUCUAAUGGGAAUUGUGGCUGUGCUGUAGCUGCUCUCUACCUUGUGACAGCCAGAGCUGCUGCUUUCCAUGCUCUCAGUUGGUUACUAAGCAUGCAAACCACUUUUGUGGUGGAAAAAAAAUGCUCUAUUGGUUGCUUAAAACUACACCUUUUUGAGAUGUGAAGAGCAAUCUCUGCUUCUUAGUGUCCUGUUUCACGAGCCUUAUAAAUGGGCAAGUGCAACUGAGCAUGUGUCAUUUGUGUCAUUAUUAUACAUGUUGACAUCUCAAGGUUAUGCAGUCCAGUGGGCAUCCCUACUUGAAAAAAAGUUGUUAUUGGGCAUACAAGCCGUAUAUGAACUUAAGGUGUAAUCCUUCUGUCUUUGCUGUGGCCAACAUAAGGAAAAGCAGGCUGAGAACUGGGCAACCUUGACUCCACUUGGGUCUGUGCACUGUGAGUAGCUCUGGAUCUUCAGGGACAGCAAAGUGUAGGCGCUGGGGCUGGGGUGAAUUCUUACUCUCCAACUCUGAACUAUCCUACUCUUGCACUUAGUGAAACUUCGUCAAUUACAUUAAUGCUGCUUACAUUAUGGUGUGCUGAUCUAAAGUUAAUGAGGAUUCCUACUGAAUCAGAUAAUGGUCUAUCCAAGCAGUUUCCUACCUCUGGUAAAGGGCUGAUACCUGCUGAGCUGGGAAAGCACAGAAUUGUAUAAGGUAACCUGUGAACUGAACUGUGCUUAAUAUGUGGGAGAGUAAGUUCCUUCCUGACCUCUUGAGAUGAUCAGUAUAUGCCUUGAAGCAUGAGAGUUGAUUGCCCUCAUAUAAGCUUGCAUAACUACAAACCUUACUGGAUAAAUAAUUACCUUGCCACUUAAAGAGAGAAAAAUCAGUUGCAGAAUGUGACUCAGUGCCUUUUGUAUCAGACUGUUCCAAGAAAUAUAAUAGUCUCUUAAUUGAAGUCCUUAUACCUUGAUAUUAAAAUGCAUUUCAUUGGCAUUGAUAUCAAAGAAAUGUUAAUGCUCCUACUUCUAAUCUUUCUUGAGAUGUAGUAUGUGUGAUUUUAAUGAAAAUCACUGUGCAUGACAUUCUUAUAAUAUCUAUUUUUUAAAAAAAGAAAAAAAGCAAUAUAUUUUAAAUGAAUCCAAGAACACCAUGUAGAUUGUGUGUUUAAUACCAAAAACAUUUUCUUGUGUUUCUAAGGCUGUUGCUAUAUUGAUGUGUGACAUGAAUUUUGAAUAAAAUUUUGCAUCUUGGUUUAUCUUGGGACUCUUCUUUCACUAGAUGGUUUUCCUUAGAACUUUCACAUGUCUGCUUAUGUGACUAAUCUAAUUGAAAAUGAUUAUGGGUACAAAAAAAUACUGCAUUUCUAUUUCUCUUUGGUUUUAUUUGCUUGAUUCUUGAUUCUCAUAAGUACAUAUGAGUUAAGAAUGGAGUCCGUAAGCUGGAAGUGGAAGUAUGCAUUUGCUUCAUGUAGCAUAAGGUGCUUUGAGUUGGCUUCUGUCUGUUUGCUUUUUUUUCAGUGUUUUGUAGAAGCCAAACUAAUUUUAAUGAGAUCACUGCUGGUAGCAUAGGGAGCACAGUUAGGCCUGUUACUGACCUCCUUGGAGCUCUUGUUUUGUACCAACAGACUAAAAAAGGGUAUAGAGUUGUGAACUCACUACAUAAAACCUGCCCGAACUUAAAUAGUCAAAAGCAAUCUCUUUUGGGAAGAGUCUGAUUUGAUACAGAGUUUCACUAUGGAGGCUGUUGUACACUAUGACUUCCUCACUUGCGUAUCAUGCAGGCUUUGCCCUAAGAGAGUACUUGGGUGCAUUAACUUCGGCUGAAGCUCAGGCUGGGUUCAUAAACUUGUAAAAUGGAAAUAUUAAUUCUAUUCCUAAAUGCAGAGGCCUUUUGAGUUAAGGAUGGUAUCCAUCUAACUUGAAUUUUAUGGCUAGCCUCAACUUUGUAAUUGGUGAGCUGAAACCACUGAUCUGAAUCGUUCUCUUCACUCUCAAAAGUUGGGCCUGAACUUCAUGGCUUGGUUUCACUUCCCCUUGGGAGUUGAUGCUGUCAUUAAUAUUAAUUUGUGAAGCUUCUUGUGCUUUCUACUUCCUUGAGUCUAUGAAGUUUGCUGGAUCUUGUCCUGCAUCUUCACUGCCGAAGGACAGUUCACACCCUUCAGUACCUCCUGUAAUUGUGUAAUUAGCUAACAUUUUUUCAUGGCCUUAGAUAUUCUAGCCUGUUAGCAUAGAUGUUUCUCCACCCAACAUCACAAGCUUUGAAAGUGCAGGAAGUUGGAGACAGUGUAAUUGUAUGAGACUUGACCUUGAGUGCUGGAGGUUUUAAUAAAUUACCAGGAAUGAGCCUUUUCUUUCCUUUGCACUUAUUGUAAGCAGUAGCUGUUGCCUUUGCAUAGAAGGAAAGCCAGUUCCCAGGAAUUGGUGUGUAGCCAGUUAUACCCAGACAGACAAGUUUCCCGAUGGGAAAUAAGAGGGGAUAUGCCCUUUCACAUGCACUAUGGCUGAGUGUGCACCGAUCUCCAGCAGGCUUGUGAGGGUAUGUCAUGUUUGGGAAGUGUGCCUGCUUCCUGAGUGUCUUUGCCCAGUCUUGCGAAUGCCCUUGGUGUGCAGAGAGAGAACCUGCUCUAUUGACAUGGCAGCCCUUUGCCAAGAGUGCUGGUGGGCCCACUUUAAUGAUCAUGUUCUGCAUAUUCCAGCUAAGGCCCCACUCAGGAUGGGCUGCCACAGCCGUAACCCAAGCUGGAAGCUGGGCUGCUGUUCUUAAGCAGCCCCAGGGAUUGCUUACGAGGUGGGAUUGCAGCCCUGUUGGGGCUGGGCAGGGAGGAGCUUUGCCAGCAAGCCUCUGGCCCUGUUCAUGGGUAUACUGGAUGGAGUCUGGGGCUGUCUGGGCUUGAGGGAGGUCAGCGCUGUUGUUGAAUGGUUGCAGGAAUCUGAUACUCUCCAUAAGCAGCCUGCAGGGUCUGGAUGCCAAGUUCUCCUUAACACCAACAAAAGCUGCGUCUCAGCGUCUUGUUCCCUGAGGUGUGGAGAGUCUGUCCUGAGCAAAGAGCCUCUGCUUUUUAUAUAUACACGUGGUAAUAGUUUGAUUAAGUGAACCACUAAGAAUUUUGGAGGGAAAAAAGGUGAUAAAUGCUUCCUGGUCUGAAAAUUGUCUGAAAUCCUAUUUUAGGAAUAGAUAGGAUGGCAUGAGAUAGCUUUCUCAAUUCUUUUUCUUUUGAAAAAGCAUUUGACCACAGAGAGCUUGGCAUGGAAAUAUUUUCUUUCCAAGUCCUGGCAACUGUUAGCUGGCUUUGCAUAUGUUCUCUUCAACAGUAAAAGCUAUGUGGAAAUGUUUUCCUUAAAGAAAAAAAUUAGAACCAAAAGCAAAGCUUCUUUUUUCUUCAAUAUUUCCUUAUUUUGUACCUUGAAUCCCCAAAACCUCUGGCAAAUUUUAGUUCUUCUCCAGUGAUAUUUAGCUAUGGCUCUGCCAUGCUGUUGGUAAUUUCACUAGCAGUAGCUCAGCUCUGCCUCAAACAGAAAAAUGUAUUCCCUUGGAUGUGCACUCUUGAUCAAAUGCUGUGAUUCCUGUUGUAAUAC